AUGAGCAGCUCCGACGUAUACUCGGAGGACGAUGACGAACUAUCGGAUACUCCUUCUAUAACACCAAGAGCAGCGAGAGGCACGCGCGCUGUGGCGCUAAAGAAUCUACGCGCAUCGCUGCCUGAAGAGUCGGUCGAAUCGUACACCAAGCUCUUCGACGAGACAUUCCAAGACAAGCCGAUAGCCAAGGAAGACAACUUCAACACUACCCAAGAUGGAAUUGUUAUCUGGACUCCACAGGAGAAACGGAUAUUCUUCGAGGCCUUGGAUAGAAAUGGUCAGAGUGGCAUCCGGGAGAUUGCCGCGGCAGUCCAGACAAAAUCAGAGCUUGAGGUCCAGGAGUUUAUAAGGCUCCUACAGAAAGGUGUGCGACGGCAGCAUCUCAACGAUUCCCAUGCCAGGAUAGCGAUUCUUGGGGACAUUCCAGCCGCGGCGGAGAUAAGCGGGGGAUGUUGCGAAACGCUAGACAGCCAUGCCGAGUUACUCCGCUUGGAAGAGCAGAGGCGGGAAGACAACGCUGGGAAGACCAAAUAUGGUAGUCUAUGGAUCAUCAAUGAAGAGGCAGCGGAUGCACUGGAAAGAAAUAUCCCAGACGACGAGAAAUUUUCGUCAGAUAGUGACCAAGAUAUCACAGUCCAGGCGAACGAGCGUCGUGAUGGGAAGGCACUGGCUAGACGCGAUGUCAAUGAUGCGGCUACACUCUUCAAGAUGACCAAUUGGGUCCUGCUCUCAGAACGCCUAUUCAUGAACUCUGGGGGCGCCAGACUGGAAGAUAACUGGGUCAAUGUAGCCUUCAAAGGCGAGACUCCAUCCAUGACAGCUGACGUCUUAACCAAUUUCUACGAAAUUGCGCUGAGUGUCACUCGCCGCCUAGUCCAUGCAACACACUUCUUCGCCUCGUCACGAGUACGAAGAAACGGGAAGGCAAGCCGCCCAUCAGCAACGGUUGUAAGGGCAUCCGACGUCAGAAGGGCGACACGCACGCUGAACAUGAGGAGUGAUGCCUCUGAGUACUGGAUCGGAGUCGCGCGACGAUGCAGCCUCGAAGUGGAGGACAGACGUCAUCGGAAGGGCUGGAACCCAAUUCCUCUAGAGCAUGACGAGGUCGAAGCUCUACUGUCUCAAAAGUCACUCCCCGCCGAACCCUAUGAAACGGCAACGCCAAGACCAACAUCGCGCGAACGCUCCAACAGUAUCGUCAGCGAUAUGUCUCUGGACUCGCUCGUUGCAGAGUCAAAUGGUUCCGAAGACGAACAUGCUGAAGCAGUUGACCAACAGUAUAGCGCUGCCGAAGAACUGCUAUGCUGGUCAAGGUUAGGACAACCACCUCCAAGCCCACUCUCAAACGCCGAAGUCAAAAUCCCUCCCAAGCCAUCUGGAAAACGCAAAACAGUUGAAGAGCUUGUCGACUGGCGAGAUUGGACACUCCACCGCAGCGAGUGGGAAGAAUACGGCUACGAGGUUGACAAUUUAGACAGCGAGUUCUCAGAAAGCGCGCACAAAAAGCGCCGAUUAACGAUGGCCUCGUUCCAACCUCUUUCCGAGUCGAGCGUCCGCGCCGCUACUGAGAUCUCGGAGUCAGGUUUGAAUACCCAAGAUGAGCAUGUAAAUGCAAAGGCGAAAGCGAAAGCGAAAGCAAAAGCAAAAGCGGCGCCAGGGGCGGGAUUCGUUGAAUAUCAAACUGACGACUCGGAUCCUGAGUUCCAGCCUGCAUUUCCGGGCCGUCCACCGAUGUCGAAAUCCAAGUCCAAGUCGAAGUCUGUGACGACGCCGAAGUCAAGGACGAGUUCGCGCAAGCGCACGCCUGUUUCAUAUGCCCUCCCUCCAGCCCUUGACUUUGAUCUGGAGAUGGACGUUGACUCAGAGUCAGAUGCGGAGUUAGGGCUUGGAGAAUUGGCCGACGGAAACAAUGACGAAGGACAAGAGAACGAUGAUAUCUCCAAAUCUGGGGAUUCUGAAUCCAACAGCCAAGAAGACGAAAACCCAGAAGAAGGUCUGGUCUCUGGCUCCGAUGAUCAUGAUCACCCAUCCGGCCCACGAGAAGAAAGCCCCGUGUGGAAUGAGGAAGCUGACGACGAAAAUGACGAAAAUGACACAAAAGAGGGCUAUGUAUUAUCAUCACCGCAUGAUACUCAUCUAUAUUAA